AUGAACCGGACACGGCAGUCUACCGACUCUGACUGGGUGAGGGGAGGAUACAGCACCGCUUAUUCCGUUACCCAACACCUUGUGCCACAGGGAGAAGCCUCCAGGAUGUUCCCAACCGAUACCAAAAUCGAACGAAAUUCAGAUACCUGCCAAAAUCCAAACGAUUCCCGCUCUAAUCGCUGCAGGAGCUUAUGGGCCAAGUUGAAGAAGCCCAAGAGCGAGGAUGGUCGGAUGGAAGAGGACGCUUUUGCAACUCCCAAUAAAAAGACCCCACGACGUGCAACAGUUGGGGCAAAUCUUGUCUGGGACUCCAAACAGCAGAUGUGGCUGUUUGCCAAAGAAAACCUCGCCGUGGCCGACGCCGUAAGAAAAGAGCCCCGUGGUCCAUCGUCACUUUCUUCCACGUCUACAGUCAAUUAUGCCGAAGAAGAUCUGCUUUUUGCGCAGCUGCCAGGUCAUUAUACGCUUAGCAGCAUAUAUAACUGUAUCAAUCACGACCAAGCACUGCCUGCCUACGAUCCUGUUGAGCAUGCCGACGAUGUUGGUCGAAGAACAAGCGCAGAUGGGCAUCUUCAAGGUGCUUUCAAAAAUAUGACCGCAAAUUCGAUGGAGAUUUCUGGCAGAUCAAGCCUAGCAUCUCUUUUUGAAAAUCCUGAAUUGUUUGUCAAUGGUGAUUCCUCCAUCAAAAACAUUCAGAAUGGCAUCAAAGAAGGCUUAGGCCAUCUUCAGAAACUCAAAGAAAUAUACACUAGGUACGCUGGCAAAGCCUGGCUUCGAGAGAUCGAGGAAGUUGAAAAGAAAUCGAAUAUCUAUAAAAGGCACGUCAUUGGCCUCUUCGGAGAAACCGGAGCAGGCAAGUCGUCUCUGAUCAAUGCUCUUAUUGAUGAGGAACGAAUUGUGCCUACGAAUGGCAUGCGCGCUUCCACCGCUACAGUUGUUGAAAUAGCCUAUAAUCAUGAUUCUACUCCUUACCGAGCUGAAGUGGAAUUCAUUACUCGUGAAGAAUGGGCUUCCUAUUUGCGGGUCCUCUUCGGCGACAUCAGCGACCAAACGUCGGAUAAUACGUUGAGGAAUGAUAAGAACAAUGAAUCUACAAUCGCUCUUGCGAUGAUCAAGGCAGUUUAUGGCACUGGCUAUCAAAACACCGAAAAUUCUAAUAUCGACGACUUCUUGAAUCACGAGAGAGUAGUUGAUAUCCUUGGGCAGGUAAAAUGUUUUGAACAUAAUGACCCAGAUACAUUUUACCGCGAAAUCCAACAAUACAUCGAUUCAAAAGAUAGAAACUUGACCAGCUCUUCGGAUAUGGAAUAUUGGCCGCUAAUUCGGGUCGUGCGCGUCUAUGUUAAAUCAUCAAUCCUGAAGACGGGUGCGGUGAUAGCAGAUUUACCUGGAAUCCAGGAUUCGAACCCAGCUAGAGCUGAAGUUGCGAAUAAAUAUCUUAAGGAAUGCUCCAGUAUCUGGGUGUUAGCACCCGUUGUCCGUGCUGUGGACAACAAGACCGCCAGGAACCUUAUGGGCGACAGCUUUAAGCGCCAGCUUCAAAUGGACGGUUCGCUGCAUUUCGUUUCAGUCAUUUGUACGAAAACGGAUGAUAUAUCAUUCGUCGAGUUUGCCCAGACAGCAGCAAUUUCUCAACUUCACGGGGAGACACGCGAUGCAAUACAGAACCUUAGGGCCAAUAUUGUGUCUUUAAGAGCUCGAGAACGAGAGUUAGAGGCCACUAAAGCCGACGUUAAGGGAAAAUUUGAGAUCGUUGAUGCCGAGCUUGAUAGUCUUCUGGAACACGCUAACUCCCCUCGAGGUGGCCCAGAUACCACUACUCUCUUGGGGCAAACAUCCCAGAUGAGGUCGCAGUUAAAAGGCCAAGUAACUAAUCUAGAAAGAGAUAUUGCCGACAUCGAGGGCCAGGUUGCACUAGCAAUGGGAGAUAUUGAUGGCUUGAAUUCAAUUUUUGAGAGGGAGUGCGUUGCUCUUCGAAAUAGAACCGUAAAAGCUUGCGUCAAGGAAGACUUUGCGGGGGGCAUCCAAGACCUUGACCUCCAGGGUAAGAAAACGGAACCAGAAGGUCCGUUGACACGGGAUUACCAGAGCCUUGCAGACUCUCUUCCGGUUUUUUGUGUGUCGUCCAGAAGCUACCAGCAGCUUCAAGGCCGAAUGACACAGGAUCGAGAAGUCAUUAAAGGUUUCCAAACCUCUGAUGAAACGGAAAUUCCCCAACUUCAGGCCCAUUGUGCCGAUAGUACGCUUCCUGGUCGCCGAGAAAGGGGUUUGGAAUUUCUAGACCACUUGGAGCGACUAUUCAAUUCGCUUAACUUUGGUUUGCCAGUAGAUAAGACAUCAGCCUUGGAGAUCAAGAGGAGGAUAAAAGACCAGAAAUGGUUUGCCGAAAAGUCAGUGGAUCUUGAACGGCAUUACGAACGGCAAAUUGCGGAAUUCGGCGAUGCGUUGCAUCAGAUCAUUGAAAUCGUCGUUUGUAGCAAACUUGCUUCUGCUGCAUCUCGUGCCGAAAGAAUGGCUCUUGUCGUCCUAGAAGGUUGGGGUGAUCAGCUUGCAUGGAACACUUUCAAAGCCAUCUGUCGACGGAAUGGAAAGUAUACUAGGGGUACACAAACCUUCAAUCUGAAUUACGAUCUCUGUGAGCCUCUAUUAACUGCCCUUCAAAACGGCUGGGAAAAAGCGUUCACCGAGGAUUUCGCAGCUGCAUUGACACGCCUUGUCAAGAAUUGUAAUCGGAUAACCAGCCUUUUCUACCAAGAGGCAGAAGCCAAUCUUGUGGUUCUUGCGUCUAAUGAGAAGCAGAGGAAAAGGUUCCAAGCGCAACUAAAAAGAUACAAAAACAUGUUCGCACAUAUACACUCGUCAUUGCACGGAAUGGUCCGUCUUGAACAGCAAAACGCGAGUCGUAUAAUCGAACCAACUGUCCGAAGCGCCCUUACCCCUGCGUAUAGUAUUGCUUCCCAAUAUAGUGGGGAUGGUUGCUACCGACGUAUGAGAAAUGUCGUCGGAAGGCAGAUUGCAGAGAACAUUCCAACGAUGUUUGCGUCGGCCCAGGAUGAAGUCAUGGCAGUAGUACGCCGGCUAUCAGCUAAGUUAGAAAACAAGGGCGCUAAAUGCGUAGAGGAGAUCCGAAACAUGGUGAUCCAAGAUUUCACGAGAAUCUUGGAAGAUAACCCUUCAGCGUAUGAUAUGAACCGAGAGGUUCAGGAGGUUCUGGAGAACAUUACCAUGUUCAAGGACGAAGUCACUCCAAUGGAGGAAGACUAG